AUUUACACAUAUACAUAAUAUCCUCUCGAGAUUUUAAUACGGUACAAUACAGACAACAUCGGUAUGAUAUUGAGCAGUUUGAAUCGAUCAUUGAAGAUUAGUCCUAACAAUUUGCAGCUUUACUAAAUAUCCAUUCAGUGCUAUUUCUACUGACUCUACUAGUAUUAAUUCAUAUACAAAUAUCCACUGUAUCAUGCAGGACUACAUAAUUGCUCCCACCACUCAUCAUACACAUACCGUGAUUUUCCUCCACGAUCGCCACAAAUUAGCUUCAGAUUGCGCUCCACUUCUCCUGGAUGGUCGACUUGGAGUCGGACGACUUACAUUGACCCAACUAUUCCCUUCUAUCAAAUGGGUAUUUCCUCAGGCUCCGGAGCGGUAUUCAGAACGUUUUGACUGCCUUUUAUAUCAGUGGUUUGAUAUAUGGAGUAUAAGUUCUCCAUAUGAUAUGGAAGAGAUUCAGGAAGAAGGGUUGAACGAAAGUUUUGAACAUAUAUUGGUUCUUAUAGAUAAAGAGGUAUUUCGCUUUCUUUCCUCACAUAUAUUGACACUUCCCAACAUCCAGUUUCAGUUUAAACUUUUAUCUUCCUCGUACGACUGCUAACAACACAAAAGGCGGAACUUGUAGAUUCGUAUCAACAUGUCAUUCUUGGUGGACAUGGUAUGGGGUGCGCCGUUGGAAUAUUAGCUUUGUUUCAAGGACUCCAUAAACUAGGAGGUUUCAUAGGAAUAUCUGGCUGGCUUCCAUUUUGUACGGAUCUCAUACCAAUAUGUGAAACACCCAGGCAGCGGAAGGCAACCGCAUUGAGUAAUUUCAAGAAAUACUUCUAUUAUACGAAGUGUGAGGAUGGCGAUGGAUCGAUGAUCUUCGAUGGAUGGCAGACACCAAUUUUUUUGGAGUAUGCUAGGGAUGAUAAUGUGGUUCCGCCCGCCAUCGGACGCCAGAUGAUCCAGACUCUCGCGGAGAUUUUUCUAACGUCGGAUUUUCCUUUGAUGGAUAUCGAGGUGCAAAUAUGUCCCUUUAAAACAUGGUUAUUUAGGGGGGCAAUGGGGACUAUACUUGUGUGGUGGUUUAUUGAAAGGGUUACGGGGAUUAAACAGGAGCCGAGGGAACAGGAAGGUGGUGAGGAGGAAAAUAAUGAGGAGGGGAUAAUGGAGGGGGAUAAUGGAGGGGAUAAUGGAGGAGGAUAAUAAUGGAGAGGGGGAUAAUGGAGAUAAUAAAAUAAGAAUGAGGGGCCAGAGGAUGAAGAGAAAAGGAUGAGGAAAAUAAACAUGAAGAAAAAAGGCGGAGUAAGAUAAAAAUAAAAGCAUUAAGCAUUAAGCAUGAAGAAACAUAAAGAUAUCAAAACUUCUCGUAAUCCAAUACAGAACAUUCAUU